AUCAAUUCUGCAUUGUCCCCUAGAGAGAAAACAUGAAGGUCGCUAUUUUCCUCUUGUGUCUGCUCCCUUUGGUGUUCACUGCCCCCUCUGAAGUUGACAAAAGAUUUAUCUUUGAUUUACAUCAUGUGAUUGACCAAAUCAAACACCUUGUGACCCCAGACAUGGAACAGGGCGCCUGUGAAACACUCUGUAAGAGCGUUGUGGCUGGUCUUGGAAGCCUCGUUUGCGGCACAGCUUGCUCAACACUCAUUUCAUCUCUGAACGGUUAAAUAAAACAAUUCAGAAAUAAA